CUCAUUUUAAGAGCCGGUCACGGUGUCGAGUAGCGUGACGCUGCGUUCGACACGCGGCGUGACGCCCGCCGCGCCGUGCCCGCAGCGCUAUCACGCCGUGCAGAACGGAUCGUGCUGGUUGUUGUGAUGCGUGCCCUUUGUUGUUUUUUUGUCUUUAUUUUUGUUUUCGAUUUUAUAUUUUGUGAGAAUGAGAUAUACAAAGGCAUCCUGACUCCAGAAUGUGUGACCAAGUACUACAGGCUGUUCGUGACGCGACGGAUACCUCCUCGCAACUACCAGUACUUCCACGAGGCGAUGUCGCCGCUAGAGUACAGGCAGGCGGAUAACCUAACAGAUACUGAGCUGCAGUUUCGUAUAGUGGGCGGGCGCCAGGUGCACAUCAGGGACGUGCCGUACCAGGUGCUGUACGGACUGUACUGCGGCGGGACCCUGAUCGCGCCCGACUGGGUCCUCACCGCCGCGCAUUGUAAAGAAAAAGACCAAUUCAUCCUCGCCGGAUCCACUCAUCGUAGCCUCGCCAAGCCGUACGCCAUCUGCGCCCACUUCACCCACCCCCGCUGGAACAGCACCAAGCAGCACUACCACGACUUCGACUACCAGCUCCUGUUGCUCGAGAAGGCGGUACCAGUUACUAUCAACAGUAGACCGAUUGCGAUAGGCGUGAUUGAGAGCAUACAGCCGGGGGCGAUCGUUUCUGUUAGCGGAUGGGGAUAUACAAGAUAUAAGGAGAGAAUGAUGCAAGACGUUGUACGGAGAGUGUACCUACCAAUCAUGGCGCGGGAGGUCUGCCAGGCUCUUCCUCUACCUAACUACAACGAAAUCACACCAAGGAUGUUCUGUGCUGGCCUCCCGAAUGGCACCAAGGAUUCUUGUCAGGGUGAUUCGGGAGGGCCAGCAGUGGUGAACGGGAAGCUGGUGGGAUUGGUAUCGUUUGGCGUGGGAUGCGCCGCCAAAGAUCAGCCGGGAGUAUACAGCAACAUCCCUAUGAUGAGGGAUUGGAUCCGGUCGGUCACCGGCUUACCGCUUUGAUCAAAUAAAUUACUCCUUUUUAUAA